CUGGAACCAGGGCUCAGUGUGGCCUCCAGCUCAGACUAGACUCCCAUGGAUCCUCUGCAGAAAUGGGAUCCAUUGUUGAUUUCCAUGCCCUCCCGAAUGGCCAUUGUGACAAGCUCCCAAGAAGCCUCAGCAGGCUCUCAGCCUUCCUCCUCCGAAAAGCUAAGCAUGGGUCUCGGUGGUCUGAGCCUCAGCCGCAGCCCUGGUCCAGGCGUUCCUGCUCCUCUGUCGGAGGGUCUUCUCCAGCAUCAGGCGCGCGAGAAGAAAGCCCUGUGGCAACAGUACUGGGAAAAGCAGGGCUUUCCUCAGAGGAAGAAAGUCUUCCUCAGGCACUCGAGACGCUGGCACCGGGAUCACAUGGCACCUUACCUGCUUGAACGGGAUGUCAGAGGCUCUCCUGCAGGCAACAAAGCUCAGAAUCUGCUCCGAUGCCAGGGCCACGUGCCGAACCUUGCUGGGAUGAGUGGAGAGAGGAAUACAGCUACCAACCCUCCCUCCUGGGAAAUGCUAGUGCAGGGCCUCAGUGGCCUCACCCUCAACCUUGGAGCCAACAGACCCAGCCCCCUGCCAGAGGGGACUGGGGAGCAGCAGGAGCCAGAGCAGAUGCUCCCACUGGAGAGGCAGCAGGAAAGCAGGAGGAUGUUUCAGAGGAUGCUCAAGUAGAGGAUGGAAGAAGCUUGAUGAGCUGCCUCCCAGAGGAUGGAGGUGAAGUCGGACUCAGACAGUGCUGUCUGGCCAGCUCAAGGGCCUGGGCUCUCCUGAGGUUAAGGCAGUCAGCUGCCUUUGGAUGAGUCCCAACAGUUGUGCCAUUAUGGGAAUUGUCCUAGGAAAGGCUUCAACUAUCCUGCUUAUGUCUUUUCGCAUGCCUUUGUGGGUGUGGUGGUAUGAGUUAGCCUAUACAAAAUGAAAUUGGGUACCAAGAAUCCCUGAACCCCCAUGAUAUGAUUCACACACAGAAUUUUCACUCAUUUUCCUUGGAACUCAGUGCCUCCAUUUUUCUGUUAAGAAGAACUAACUUCAUGUGUGUAU